CCCGGGAUCACGGGGAGGCUCUAGAGCGACACACCGCCGUGCUCUCGGUCCCGCGGGCUGCCGAGUAGGGACGAGGGGGGGAAGCGCCUCUUCCGGAGGAGCCGCCCUGCCUCCCCCGCCCCUCCAGGAGAGCAAGCGGGGGCGAUGCCGGGGGCGGCGGGCGCUCCUCCCCCGGCCCGUCUCCCCGGCCGGAGCCGAAGCGGGAGCGGGCGGUGGCGCGGGCGGGGCGAGGCGCAGGCGCUGCGCACGGCGGGCUGCAGCCGGGUCCCCGCGCCGCUCCUGGGAGCCGAUGGCAGCUGCACAGCGCGGCCGCCCGGCGGAGCGCGGCGCGGCUCAGCGCGCCCGGCGCGGGAUGCGCGGGCGGGCAGGCGGCGGCAGCGGCAGCGGCUGCGGCAGCACCAGGAGCAGGAGGGAGGGGGCCGGGCGGCCGGCAGCCGCCGCGCUCGCCUGACCUGCGUGCCCCCUGGCCGCGCCGGGCUGCCCCGAAGGAUGUCCGCCCAGUCCAAGGGGACCGCAUCCUCCUCCUCGUCGCCGUCCGAGGGGCCGCCAGCAGCCUCCAAAGCCAAGGUGAAGGAGCAGAUCAAGAUCAUCGUGGAGGACUUGGAAUUAGUCCUGGGGGAUCUGAAAGACGUGGCUAAGGAACUUAAGGAGGUGGUUGACCAGAUUGACACGCUGACGUCUGACCUGCAGCUCGAGGAUGAGAUGACAGACAGUUCCAAAACGGACACUCUCAACAGUAGCUCCAGCAGCACAACAGCUUCCAGCUUAGAGAAGGUGAAGGUGCGGGGCAGUGCACCGCUCAUCAAGCCACCCGUGCACCCCUCUGCCAUCCUCACUGUGCUGCGGAAGCCGAAUCCACCCCCACCUCCACCGCGGCUGACACCUGUCAAGUGUGACGAGCCUCCAAGGCUGCCUCCUGUGGCUAACCCUGUCAAGACUAAUGGUACCCUGCUGCGAAACGGUGGCUUGCCAGUGGGGCCUAACCGCAUCCCAAACGGAGACAUGUGCUGUAUAGCAAACAGUAAUUUGGACAAAGUUGCAGUGCAGCCUCUGAUGCACAGACCUGAGAAAGAGCGAUGUCCUCAGCCAGGAGCACGAGAACGGGUACGAUUUAGUGAAAAAGUGCAGUACCACGGCUAUUGCCCUGACUGUGAUGUUCGGUAUAACAUUAAAAACAGGGAGGUGCACUUGCACAGUGAGCCUGUCCAUGUUGCAGGAAAGCUGCCACAUCAGUGCCCUCCUCUGCCACCUCCACCGCCUCCGCUGCCUCCAUUUCCUCUGGAAAAUGGAGGGUUCGGGUUAAGUUCCAGUAAUAGCUUUCCUCCUCAGAGACCUGCGACUGUGCCUCCACAAACUGCACCAAAACCCCAGAAGACCAUCUUGAGGAAAUCAACCACUACAACAGUGUGACUUAUGCCACUUGAAACAACUCUUUGUUUUUUUCCUAUAUAUAAACAUAAAUAGGUAAUGAGCACUUUCUACUUGAGCAAUAAAAAGACCCAAUAUAUUACUCCCUGUGUCCAGUGAAGUGGCAUAAAAAUCACAUGUAUGUAGCUCUGGGUGUAAAUCACCAACCCUGGAAGAGGAAGUUCUCAUUGUUUUCCUCAGAUGGUGUGAAUUUGAUCAUUUAACCCAAGUUAGUGGCCUAGUUACCAACAGCACCUUCAGGCUUAAAGGAAUAUCUGUAUCCGGAGGCACGUCAGUUAAUUAAUUGCGUAUCAGAUUCGUCAUUGUGACUUCUUGCAGGCCAGAUCUGAGAAGUAACCAGGAACCUGACCCUCCAUGGAGAAUGGAAAAGCCCUUCAAGUCAGAGCACAACUGAUCACGAGCGUAAUCUGCAUUGAAUGAUCUUUCUCAGAUCUGAAAGCUACAAGCUGAGUCCUGGCAAAAGCCACAGCCUUAAAUUCCAUUUAGUAGGAAAGAAGCGUAAAGAGGACUAAAUGUCUUGCCCCAUUGCAGAAACUGCUCUUUCCAAGCCUGACACUUGAGUUUUGUGCUGAGCAACCAGAGUAACAAACAAUCAGUUUUUCAUGGGUCCAGCCAGCAUCCAAGAGUAUUUCAAUAUGUAGCCAAAAGGAGAAAUGAAGCACUUAGGUGACAGCAGAAAAUGAAUGCAUUUACUGUAACAGAGGAAUGUUUCUAUCUGUGGGGAAAGAAGACCUCUGUCAUCCCUUGUACAUAUUCAAAGCCAUACAGGAACAGGGCGUCAGUGAUUUUAAAUUGCUUAAAAGGAUGCUGUCUCCUGUCCUCCACCCAACUUUGAAGAAGUUCAGCUGUUAGAGAUUGCAUCUUGAUGCACUUCUGGUAUUUGCACUGUCACUUCCAUUCAGGGUAAUGAUGUGCAUCACCAUUUGCACAGAUGGCCCCAGGAGAUUUUUGACUGUAACAAGCUAUAUUUUGUCGGGGCUCCAAAAGGAAUUAAAAAGUUAGAACUGAAGAAAAACAUUUACAUUCUCUUUCACUAUGGGGAUCUCUUCACAGAAAGGACUAUGGUCCUUUCUUAGGUUUAAAUAAAUACAUAUACAUACAUAUAUAUAUAUGUAUAUAUAUGAAAAAGCAUCAACAUGAGAAGGUGUAUUUAAAAAGGGGAUAUAAUCUUUUUAAUAGCAUCCAUUUUUUAUCAUAUUAGCAGCCAAGAAACUUAGUCUAUUGAAUUAUACAUCCAAAAUGUUCCUAUUGAACAUUGACAUUAUAGCCCCGGUUACUGCUAAAGAAGUCAUUUGUAAUAUGUAUUUGACAUAAAUUUUUUCUAGCCAUUUGUCUAUACUUCAUAGAGAAAUCUAACAGAGAAACAGCAUUUUCAGUUUAUUUUUCUAAAUAAAUGUGUCGUUUAUAUUAUUUGCAGUCACUCAUUUUGGCUGAUUUUCAUUAUCUCCAAAAAUGAUUUAAAGACAGAACCAAAACAGAGGAGUUGUUUGUUCAUGUUAAGCUGUAAUGAUUUGCUGACCGAAAGCUUUAAUAUAAAUACUGUAAUUUGUAAAAUGAUGAAGUAUAUUUAUACAGGCAAAUAUGUAUGGAAAACAAAAGGAGGUAUUUUAACUCUUAAUUUCAGAACAUAGUUUAUUUUUAAUAUCCACAUGAAAUCUGAAAAUAUAAUGGGAUAAUUUUUUAUUAUCAGUGAAUUUUAGCAAGUGAAGAUUUGGAUGUUUAAGAGUGAAAGAAAUGUAGUCUAAUAAUUGUUGUUUCCCAAAUUAUGCAAAGAUCUUUUGUCAUCUGUCUCAUUUUUUUCAAAAACUGGUUUAGCUUUUGGGUUUGGUUGUUUGGUUUUGUUUUUUUCUUCGGUGUGUGUGUGUAUGUUACGGCUUUUUCUUUGGUUGUUUUUUUGUUUUAGCAUACUGUCAAGGCCAUGAAGUUAAUACUAUUUGAUCACAAACAAUUUGAGAAGCUACAGAAUAAGAGGUUGUUCCUUAGAAUACUCUACAGUUUAUGGUUAAGAACAGUUGUUGUUAGCCAUCUACGGCAGUGUUUUGUUACCGAGUUAUUGAACAUUUCAAUGCUAGAGUCGUUUUGAAUAAAAAUAUGUUUUUCCUGUUUUCUUAGGCCAUUAGCCUGUGUGUAAUUUUAAGAGAAAAGUAAAGCACGUGAUUCCCAGUUCACUUAAAGCAUUAGUCUUAGAUCCAGACAUAUGUAUCUGAUUUAUAAAAGCUAAAUAUAUUUUUCUUUAUUUUCAUUGCUUUAUGGAAGCUGUUAAAUGCUCACUAACAGAAAAAUUGUCUUUCAACAACAAAAAAAUGGAAAAGUCAAGAUUUUUUUUAAUCUGUGAGUUAACUUCAUAAAUGGCAGAUACUUUAAAAAUGUGUUGCUCUGCUGUAGUGUACAACCUAGUGUUUGUGUGUGUGUGUAUGCAUGUGCACCUUAUCUGUUGAUGAAUGAAAUGCCAGCUCUGCUGGAGUAAGUGCCAGAGGUCUUGUCACUGCAAAAGUUGCUCAUGUUAUUGUAUUUUUUGGAGAAAGACCAGAGCUCUGCCUUUCUUUGUGACUCUGAGGCCAUAAGUAGCUUUUACAGUUUGUCAGGAAAUCGAAAAUGAAAUUAUUAAAUGAAUGUUAGCCUCCCUCUUUUGGCAAAACUUGAGAUCAUCUCAUGAUUUGAUUCUUUUUAAGCAGAAAGUUAGUGGUCAGUUUCCAUUGGUAAAAUGGAUAAAUGAAACCUUUGUAUUUGUGAAAGAAUGAUGGCUGUGUUUUGUUCCCACACAUUUUAGCUUGUGGUUGGUUUAUAGUCUUUUCACUGUGAUUUCACUUCUGUGUCAUUAGAAUCAUGGAUUUGGACACACAACUUGCAUGGGUUUGGUUUUGCUCCCUCUUUGAAUAACCUGUGUAUUAAAAAAGGAGAGCUUACUCUUUGAGACUAAUUUUCAGAGUUGUUUAAAGAAGGGACACCAUUAUCAAAACAAGAAGAUUUCAGAAUGAUUAUUUGAGCACUUCCAUUAUUAUAUGAUAAUAAUACUUGGAAAAGCUCUUUAUUUUUGUGAACAGGAUGAAUUCAUUUAUAUUUGAAAAUAGCCCAAUAAAAAUCUAGUGAAAUAA